AUGGGGAAAAAGGCGGUAUUGAUAGGAUGUAGCUACACGGGGACGAAAGCAGAGCUCAAAGGAUGCACAAAUGAUGUCAAAAGAAUGCAUCGUUGUUUGAUUGAUCGUUAUGGCUUUGCGGAAGGUGACAUUAAGGUCCUCAUUGAUAUGGACGAUUCAUUUACUCAGCCCACAGGUCGUAACAUUCGCAAUGCUUUAUCUGAUCUCGUUGGAUCAGCUGAAUCCGGGGACUUUCUCUUUGUUCAUUAUAGUGGCCAUGGAACUCGACUCCCUGCUGAGACCGGUGAAGAUGAUGAUACCGGUUAUGAUGAGUGCAUUGUUCCAUGUGACAUGAACCUUAUAACCGAUGAUGACUUCAGGGAGCUUGUGGAUAAAGUACCUCAUGGUUGCAGGAUAACUAUUGUAUCAGAUUCAUGCCAUAGUGGUGGACUCAUUGAUGAUGCUAAAGAACAGAUUGGUGAGAGCUGCAAAGAUGACUCAAACGAAAAGGGAGAGGAUAGUUCGAAUUUAGGAUUUGUUGGGAAUAUAAUACAAAAGACUGGAGAUGCAAUUCAUUCUGCAUUUCACCGUGACAAUGCUGGUGACGAGUUGGUGGAAGGUUCAACCAUCAAAAAUCGAGCACUGCCUCUUGAGACUGUCUUGGAUAUACUAAAACAAAAAACCGGGAAUGAGAAUAUAAAUGUUGGUAAUGUGAGACCAACUUUAUUUGAUUUGUUUGGAGAAGAUUCGACUCCAAAGGUGAAGAAGUUCAUGAAGGUGCUCAUGGACAGCUUCCAAGGAAGUGGUGCUAAUAACGAAUCUGGUGGUGAAGGCAGUGGUGGUCUUUUGGGCAAGAUUGGAGACCUGGCUCAGCAAUUCCUAAAGGAAAAGCUUGAGAACAAUGCAGAUUAUGGGAAACCCGCGAUGGAAACACAAGUUUCUGGCAAGCAAGAUGCAUAUGCAGGAUCAAAGAAAAAGAAGUUACCUGAAAAUGGGAUUUUGAUUAGUGGUUGCCAAACUGAUCAAACAUCUGCAGAUGCCACCCCAUCUGCUGGUAAGGCUGAAUCUUAUGGUGCUCUUAGCCAUGCAAUUCAGACCAUCGUUGAGGAAUCGGAUGCUAAGUUAACUAAUCGCGAGCUAGUGAUGAAAGCUAGGGACUUGAUGAAGAAACAAGGGUUCAAGCAAAGACCAGGCCUUUAUUGUGAGGAUAAACAUGCUGAUGCUUCUUUCAUUUGUUGAUUUUAGUACCCCUAAGGCCC